UCCCAGCGUCCUCUCAACUUCAAAAAGUAAAAAACAUUACCAUCAUCUUCUUGCUCAUCGAUCUCAGAUGAAUUUUGAUUGAUGUUCUAUCAAUGAAUGCUAGAACCUGAUUAGCAAUAAUGGAGAAAUACGAUAAUUUAGAGAAGAUCGGAGAAGGGACUUAUGGGAAGGUAUACAAGGCGACGGACAAGGCCACUGGGCGGCUGGUGGCUCUGAAGAAGAUGCAUCUGGAGAUUGGUGACCAGGGAAUCCCUCCAACUACUCUUCGAGAAAUCUCCCUCCUUAAGAUGCUCUAUAUGUCCAUCUACGUCGUCCACUUGCUCUCUGUCGAGCUCACUGAGAAGACUUCAAAUUCAAAGCCUGUCCUCUUCCUGGUCUUUGAGCACCUUGACACUGAUCUUAAGAAGUACAUGGAUUCCCGCCGCUGUAGUCCCGUCUCUAAGUCUCUUUCUCCUUCCCGUAUUCAGAGCUUCCUUUACCAGCUCUGCAUGGGUGUUUUUCACUGUCACCGCCAUGGUGUCCUCCAUCGUGACCUCAAACCCCAAAAUCUUCUUCUUGACCAGCGGAGGGGAAUUCUCAAGAUUGCUGACUUUGGUCUCGGACGAGCCUUGAUUUUCCCUCCUAAGAGCUACACACCUGGGGUUGUCACCCUUUGUUACAGAGCUCUUGAGAUACUGCUGGGAUCUACCCAUUACUCCUUUGGGGUUGACAUGUGGUCCGUUGGAUGCAUCUUUGGUGUUUCCGACAGCUCCUUCUUAUCUUUCAGGUUGAAUAUCAUUUCUUUAAAUCAUGCUGCUGAUGCUGUAAUUUUCAUACCAAGAAUAUGUGGAACUCCAACAGAGGAAGUAAGGCCAGGAGUUACCUCUCUUAGAGAUUGGCAUGCCUACCCACAGUGGAAGCCACGGAAUUUGGGUCUGGCUGCACCAUCCUUGGAACCUGACGGAGUAGAUCUUCUCUCGAAAAUGCUCAAGUAUAAUCCUGCUGAGAGAACCUCUGCCAAAGAAGCACUUGAUCAUCCGUACUUUCGCAGCCUUGACAAGUCUCAAUUUUAGUCAUGUUCUUUAUAGCCAGAAGUUUAUGUGUAGAGGCCUCUGUUUUGGUAUUUGGCAGUCAAAGGGAAAUUAUUUGAUCUUGUAGUGUUUAAGGAUCUGUUGAAUUGAUACCAGAUAAAAUGGUUUGUCUUCAUCCUGGGUGUGUUUGCUGAGGAACAAAGUGAAGUAAUUCAGCAUUGCCCAAAUUUCUAAGUGCUUUGUUUUUUCAAUCCAAAUUAUUAAUUACCACCAUGGUACUUUUUAAUUGUCA